GGACCAGCAGGGACCGUCACACCGUGAAGAACAGGAAGUUUUUUUUUUUUUUACCGGGGAGGCUGUCGGUCGGUUAAGCGAGUCCCGCACGCCGUUUGUUUGUCAGUAUGACAGGUUUGUGAAUCAAGGACAUUGACUGUUACCAUGAGCAGCUCCAGAGGGAUGCACAGUUCCUGUGCUCAGAUCCGAGGAUGGACACUGAACUUGUUGACAGACUUGUGCUGCAGCUGAACAGGAUAUACCCCCAGAUACUCAUUGACAAGGAAGCACAUAAGUUCAGGAACCUGAGUAUACCCACCAAGGUGCGGUUAGCUGAGCUGCUGAAGCACCUGCACUGGAAGGGGGAGGAGGCGUGUCAUGAAUUCUACAGAGGGCUUCACAUUCACGCUGAGGACGUCUACUCCAGCCUGCCCACCAGAGUCAGACAAAGAGAGAUGGCAGACCCGAAACAGACUAAAAAUGUGGCAGUCCUCCCAGAGCGAUUUGUGCUUAACGACAGAGGACCAGUGUUCUUCCUGAGCUGUUUCAGUUUUGUAGUUGGUAUUGCAAUGCUCUACUAUUGCGGAGAAGGUGAGACACUGAGAUGCACUGGUCCGUUUCUUCACUGUUCUGCAGCAAGACUCAGUAAAGGUGCUAAAGAUGUUUUCAUUACCUGUGCUGAGGUUGGAAAGGAGAACAAAUGAGACUGUUAAUGUGCUGUGAAUGCUUAAGAACUAGCCCUGUGAGAAGAACAAGCCAUGAAAUUUGCCACUUUGCUGUGCCAAACUCAUGUAUGCUUUCAGAGCUAUAAAGUUUUAAACAAGUACUUACUCAUAUGUUUUUUUUUUUAAUAUCUGAGAAGCUGAAAUUAACACAACUCAUUCUCUCACUAAUUCACAUAGCUGGCAUUUCUUAAAAUGGAAAAAAGCGUAAUGUUCUCCCAUAGUAUGCAUGAGUCUUGCUGGGUUGUAUUGUAUAUUGUGUAUAGAGCUAAUAUUUCUAGUCACUUUUUCAGCUAAAGUAAAGAAUAAUAUUAACUGACUGUGACUGACUAAGUGCAGGGGCUUUUACAAAACUUGAAUUUGUCAGUGCUGUGUAUGUAAACGCAUACUAUACUACAGUUUCUUAAAUACACAGCACAUAUUCUCACCAGCUCGCCCACUUUCAGUGCCUUCUAAUACUGUGAUAAAGAGACUGACUAAAGUGCACUAUUACAAUGUUCAAAUUUUGCUCAAAUAAAGCACAAAACAUUUUUUGA